AGCUCACUCAAACAUAACCGUGCCAACUGUCCUGUCCUACACUUCACAAGCUGCUGUAAUUACAGCCAACAAUUUAGUGGCCGCGUGCUGAUAUCGAGGUCACACUUCAAAACUAGAUUGCUAGUGAGAAGUUAGCGAUGAAGCUCUUGCUACUGAUCAUUGCCCUGACGGGUGUGUGUGAAGGGUCGCGGGUGCUGAUGGUGCUGCCCUUGGGCUCUGCUUCCCACAAGAACAUAUUAACACCGCUGGCUGAGGCUCUCGGCGCCCGAGGCCACGAUGUCGUCAUUGCGUCUCUUCACGCUUCUUCCGCCGCUAAUUCUUCACGCUCUUACACCGACCUGGUGGCCGCAGACGCCUGGGAAACCAUCCGUAAAGUGACGGGCGGCUUCGAUGUCUUCAAGAUGCGGGAAGCCAGUGGUGGCAGAGAUGUGAACUCCGAAGUGAUGAAGAAGAUUGUGCGUAACCUGCCGGAGUACUGCGACGCCUUUCUGCGUGAUUCUGGCGUACAGAGCGCAUGGGCCACCAAGCCAGACCUAAUCCUCCUGCCGGCAUUCAUGAACGAGUGCGGACUGGCCCUGGUACACAAGUUCAAGGCGCCGUUCAUCUACGUGACCACGUCCGGCCUGACACCAUGGACAGCAGACCUGCUGGGAAACCCGGAGAAUCCUGCCUACAUCCCCAACCAGUACCUCAGCUACGGCGCCCACAUGAGUCUCUGGGAGCGAACCUUCAACACCAUCGUCAGGUUGGCGAGUCCUUACCUGCGGAGACAACUGGUGUUGAACAGACUGGACGGUGUUGUACAGAGGUUUCUGGGAGACCCGACGGUGUCGCUGACGGAGGUGGAGAAGAACGUGUCGCUGGUGAUGGUUAACUCUCAUUACUCUCUGGGGCAUCCGCGCCCCCUCAUGCCCAACGUGGUAGAGGUGGGUGCCAUGCACUGCCGCCCAGCUCGUCCACUACAGGAUGCCCAGCUGCGUCACUUCCUGGACUCGUCACCAGUGCCAGUGGUGCUCUUCAGUCUUGGCUCUCACAUCCGCAGUGAACAACUUCCUACCGCAGUUCUUCACUCGCUGGUGGCAGCGUUUGGCCGCCUUCCCUACCGGAUAGUGUGGAAGUGGGAGGGCGGCGCCAUUGCUGACCUGCCGUCUAAUGUCAUGACCCGGGCAUGGCUGCCACAGCAGGACGUGCUGGGACACGAACGCGUGCGCGCCUUCCUGACGCAUGGAGGUCUGCUGUCCCUGCAGGAAGCCGUCUACCAUAACGUGCCCAUAGUGGGACUGCCCCUCAUGAGUGACCAGCCUCUCAACGUGCGUCAGGCAGUGACUUUGGGCUUGGGCGUUGGGCUGACGCUGGAGACACUGACAGAGAAGGCAGUUUACCAGGCCAUCAGGAGCGUUGUGGAGAAGGAAGACUACCGCAGGAGGGUGGAGGAGAGGUCACAGCUGCUCCGUCACCAAGACUCACUACCCCUGGAUAGAGCUGUCUACUGGACCGAGCACAUCUUGCGGUUCGGAGGCGGUCAACACCUGAGGUCGGCGGCGGUCGACAUGCCACUCUACCAAUACUUGCUGCUCGAUGUGGCUGGUGUCCUGGUGACCGUCGCUGUUCUGCUGCUCCUGCUGCUGUGGUCAGCCCUCAGAGCCCUCAUGCGUCUCCUGGUGCGCACCAGCAAGAAAGUUGCUGCCAACCUCGUCACAGCUCUCAGAACUCACGUAAAGUUACAGUGAAGCUCCAACUCAAGCAGCUGGGAGAGAGAUCUGAGAGAGCCAGCUGGUGACUGGUGGACUGGUACCUGAAUAUCUUAUGUCUAGAGUUAUUUCACUAUUUUAUCACCAAACUGCUAUCAGUCUGAGCGCUUUGCAGUCAAACUAAAACUCAAUUAUAUAUGUUUAUUCUCAUUGCUUCAAUCACCAUCAUCACCUUCAUCACCGCCGCCGCUUUCGUCACCACAACCACUAUAUGCGUGCGACAGUCAGUAUUUCACUCACCACCAUCACUAUCACCCCAGUCACUAGCACCGCCAUGAUUACCAUCACUAUUACCAUCACCAUCAACACUAUCACUACCAUCACCCCCGGUAACUAGCACCGCUGUGACUGUCACCAUUACCAUCACUAUUACCAUCACCAUCAACACUAUCACUACCAUCACCCCCGGUAACUAGCACCGCUGUGACUGUCACCAUUACCAUCACUAUUACCAUCACCAUCAACACUAUCACCACCAUUGCUAUCACCAUAAUUACCUCAAUUAUCUUCUCACUACACAAGUAAAAUGUAUUUUUGUAAGAAUGAUUUUGUAACUUUUAUAUUGAUUACUUUAUACAAGUAAACGAUUAAAAAUAA